AUGAAUAAAUCACGUAUUCGGAUUCAGGUGGACAAACUGGUCCCGGUGGUUUUUGUUUGUGCGACAUCAAAGAAUGACACACUAAAGAUUGAAGCUAACAAAUACCGAGAUAUUCUCCAAUUCGAUUUUGAGGACUCCUAUCACAACCUCUCCUGGAAGAUGAUGGCAAUAUACGGUUUUGUCAUUGACCAAUUACCGUCGGUUGAUCAAAUCGUUGUCACGAACGACGACACAAUUGUGAACGCAACCGCAUUGGAACAGGUAUUACACAUGAAGAAAGGUCCAGUUAUGCUAGGAAAAGUUUCGCGCGGAUAUCCUCGGAUUUUUCUACCAUGGCUUACAUGGCAUGUUCCAUCGGAAAUGUAUCCAAACUUGUGUUAUCCACUUUUUGUUCAGGGUUCAUCGUUCGUACUUUCUAAAGAAGGGGCUAAGCUACUAGUGGAAAAUGUCUGCAAAGUACCAAUGGUUCAUUUAGAUGACGUUUUUAUGGGUGUUCUCUCGAAUUGCGUCGGACUUGGACUUAUUCACAACGAAGGAUUCGACAAACACAUUUUCGAUGACUUUGUGGUUUAUCAUUAUCAAUACUCUCGACACUCGGCCAAAUACUUGGAAUCUCUAUGGCAAAACUCUGAAAUGAGUUUAUAG